CUUCCGGCGCCGCUGAAAAGGGGGAAAGAAGGUCCCGCGACGCCGCCCGGAAGUAGGGCAAGAGGUGCAGGGACAGAGCUAUGCGCGUGUUACUCCUGGCCAGUUUGCGAGCCCGGACGGGGAAUGGCACCACCGCCCAGAGGAUCCAGGAACAUCUGGAAGCUGCCGGCCACGUGUGUUUCCUCAAGGAUACGUUUAGCUGUGACUCCUCAUUGGUGGUCUCAAAGCUCAUCUCCUCAGAGAACUUUGAUGCAGCUCUGGCCAUUCAUCUUUAUAAAGCAGGCAGGCUGCUGCAAGGCAGCAGAAUUCCUUUUGGUGUCAUCUUUGGAGGCACAGACAUCAAUGAAGAUGCCAAAUGUGAAGAGAAGGUCCAGGUUAUGGAGAAAGUGUUGGAUGAAGCCAGGUUUGCCGUGUCUUUCACUGAGGCAAUGAGAGAAAAAGCCAUAUCAAAUUGGCCUCACACCAGAAACAAAAUAUAUGUCCAGGCUCAAGGAAUUGUGACUGCCCCCAACAUUUCUUUUAACUGGAAGAAAUGUCUGCAGAGUGCAGGGAUCCCCCAUGACUGCAACAGUUUAUGCUUCUUCCUCCUAAUAUGUGGUCUAAGAAGAGUCAAGGAUCCACUCUAUUUAGCAGAUGCUUUUUCAGAAUGGCACAGAGAGGACCCCAGCGUACAGCUGAUUAUCAUUGGACCUGCAGUUGAUCCAGUGUUUGCAGAAGAAGUCAAGGAGAAAGUACAGAGGGCGGAUGGGGUACAUUUGCUGAAGGAGAUCCCCCAGGAAGACCUUCAUGCUGCUGUGAAGAAAUGCUUUGCUGUUGUGAACAGUUCCAUUUCAGAGGGGAUGUCAGCCGCACUCUUAGAGGCCAUGGAUUUAAAGGUUCCGGUACUGGCAAGGAAUAUCCCAGGAAAUGCUGCAAUAAUCACACACAAAGAAACUGGGCUGUUAUAUUCAAGCCCUGAGGAAUUUGUUCAACUGUCCAAAAACCUGAUCAGCGAUCCUUGUCUUCAGAGAAAGAUUGUAACAAAGGCAAAGGAGUAUGUCACAAAACACCACUCCUGGGAACAUGAAAGGAAUGCUUAUCAAAACUUUGUGUUGAGCCUCCACUGACUUAGUCAUUGGAUCCGAUAUCCCUUAAAUAUCGUAGAGUUGGAAGAGAUCGACAGGUCAUCAAAUCUAAUCGCAUUCUACCAUUGCAGGAAAAGAACAAUCAAAGUACUCAUUUCAAACAACCAUCCAGCCUCUUUCCAUAGAGUCCUACUGCAUUUCAAGGCAGCAGCAUAUCCCACUUUCCAACAGCUCUUAAGAGUCAGGAUAGUUGGAACUUCCCAUUACUUUUAACUCCCUCUUUUCUGAAUGUGUGGUCAGAAGACAUCAUCUAAGUCCUCAGUCUGGCAAGAAGGUCGAUACUAAACUCCCACAAUGAUAUCCCUGUUAUUUCUUUCCUCCUUAAUUUUCAUCUAGAUGCUUUCAACCUGGCUUCCAUGACUUGCCUCUCAAUCUCUUCAGAAGUGUAGAUAUCCUUGAUACACAAUGCUACUUCAGUUCAACCAUUAUCAUUGAUGCAUGAAAGAAAGCUUUCUGAGUGGUUGCUCACAGUGUCUGGAGCUCCCUGCCUCCAUCUUUUGAAUCACAGAAACAUAGAUGCCUCAAGGACCAUCCAGUCCUACACCAUUCUGCCAUUCAGGAAUGCACAAGGCACCCCUGAGAGUGUUGGAUUCGGACUUCAUGAGAUCAGGGUUCAAAUCCCUACUCAGUCAAGGAAAGCUAUUGUUUACACUCUCUUGGCCUUAGUGAAAGCCAAUAGCAACAGUUUCAAAUACUGCCAUAGGGACUAGUGGGCAAACAAAGACCAUAGGCUGCAUUUUCCCCAUUGUCCUACUUGGAAAGUUCAAUAGGCUAAAUAGGGAGAAUUGUCCCUAUUGCUGACAAUGACGGGUGGGGAUGGGUCUCAAGCGUGCUUCAUGCAAACAGCUCUUUCAGCUAAUGUUUACAUGAUAUAGUUGCUUUAUAAUGGUACUGAAGACCUCAAUAAUUUUUGUGAACCUCAUAAUUUAUUUGAACCAUGUACUGUCCAAAAAGGGAAAAAUAAAAUAAUAUAUGGUGUUA